AUAAAAUCACAUUUUCAGUGUGUGUUGUGACUGUGUCGAGGCUGGGUCGUUGUUGGCUCGCUCCUUCGCACACCGCUGAAACGUGAUUCGUCCUUCCACUCUUCCAGUUUCAUCAUUAUUUCUCUAACGAUUUUCCUAGUUUUCUGAAACUUGGAAAUAAUUGUUAGAAAUAAAAUAAAAAAUGAAAUGUUGUGCUUCCUAACUUAUAACACGCCUACCCAGUAUUUUAGUUAGAAAAUACUGCAAGAGACAAUAGGCUAACUCAAAAGAAAAUACACAAUGUUUAGUAACUGAAACUAACAUACAACGAUUGCACAGUGAAACCUAAUUUUUAGUUACAAAGUCGCUUACUUACUAAAAAAUUAACAAAUAAAAUAAAACUCUUGGUCUUACAGUGUGUAGAGCAAACCAGUGUUCGAAAUUUGAGUGCGUCUAAGUGUCUUAUGAUAACAGAAAUGGUCUGCUUGUGAUAAAAGGAUAUAAUAAUAUAUAGUUGGUCAGUUUUAAAUUCAGAUCAUCAAGUCGGCAGACAAUUAAUUGUUGCCAUAAUGUUAUAGUUACAUAUACUCGUCUAAUUAUAUCGCGUGAGCCAACGAAUCACUAACAGGGAAUAGAAAGCCGUUCCCUUAAAACUGAAUUAAAUAAAGAAAACAGUUGAUCAAUAAGUGGACUCAGGAAAAGGGCAGCCAGCCCAAUGUCUGCCGCAGAUUGUUGCACGACCCUCCUCACCACAGGCGGGGGGGAGGGUCACACGACCAACCAUGCUUCCCAGGGGCACGACCUCUCCCAGGACAACACCGACGGCGACUCCAUCAUGCUGCUCGAGCCCAGGCCUUUCAGGCCCUUCAAAACCUCCGAGGAGUACCUCUACGCCAUGAGGGAGGACUUGGCCGAGUGGCUCCACAAUCUGUAUAACUUGGAUAUCAAUGUCGAUAACUUCUUCGAGGUUCUGGAGACGGGAGAAGUCCUCUGUGGGCACGCCAACAACGUGCGCCGCCUGGCGGAGGAGCUUCGUCAGCAGCAGCAGACAGACCCCUUGCAGAGCCUCCCCGACGUCGGCAGCACCCCCGGCCGUAAGUACUCCUCCAAGUGGGAGAUCCCGCCCUACGACGUCCACUACCGGAGCGACGUGAUCCAGGGCUCCUUCUUCGCCCGGGACAACAUCCACAACUUCAUCACGUGGUGCCGCGACCUUGGCAUCCACGAGGUGCUGCUCUUCGAGACGGACGACCUCGUCCUCAGGAAGAACGAGAAGCACGUCAUCCUGUCGCUGCUCGAGGUGGCCAGGAGGGGCGCCAGAUUCGGCAUGGCGGCCCCUCUCCUGGUGCAGAUGGAGGCCGACAUAGACAGGGAGCUGGAGCAGGAACGCUUGGCGGAGGAGCGGAUGGCGGAGAGCGGAGGGCAGUUCAACGAGGACGAGGCCUGGGCCAACGGAGGUCACGACCUGACCCCGCCCGAGCCGCCGAAGGUCUUCUACGGACCCCAGGCCCAGAUCAUCACCAACGACCUCAAAUCUCUCGACGAAAUGACAUUGGUAAAAAGGAUCCCGGAUGUGAGUAACUUGUCAGAUCAUAUUAGCAACCCCUCCAGUUUUGUGACACUGGCACUCUAUCUCUCUGCUUUCGGCACUCAUUUUGGCACUCUUGAAAGGAGCGAGGGACACUUAACGAAUACAAUAAGGAAGGAGGGAUCAGGGUAAUUUUAUUAUUAAACC